AUGGCUAAGGAGCUUGCAGCGAAGGCCAAAGAGGCUUUCGAAGACGACGAGUUCGAUGUUGCUGUUGACUUGUACUCAAAAGCCAUCGACUUGGAUCCAAAGUGUGCUGAGUUCUUCGCCGAUCGCGCUCAGACCAACGUCAAACUCGAAAAAUUCAUCGAAGCAGUGGAAGAUGCGAACAAAGCGAUAGAGUUGGAUCCUUUAUUGACGAAAGCUUACUUAAGAAAGGGAACUGCUUGUAUGAAGCUUGAAGAAUAUCAAACUGCGAAAAAAGCUCUUGAAAAGGGUGCUUCAAUUGCACCAUGUGAAUCCAAAUUCAAGAAGCUGAUAGACGAAUGCGAGCUUCGUAUCUCAGAAGAAGAGAAAAUUUUGGUUCAACCGGUGGCAUCUCCAUCAGUGAAAGCUGAUCUCACCCAUGUGUCUUCAGCACCGGCCAAACCAAAGUUCAGACACGACUACUACCAAAAGCCAGAAGAAGUUGUGGUCACUAUAUUCGCAAAAGGGAUACCAAAGCAGAAUGUUAAUAUCGACUUUGGUGAACAAAUUCUGAGUGUUGUGAUUGAUGUUCCUGGAGAGGAGGAAGCCUAUCAUCUCCAGACGAGAUUGUUUGGAAAGAUAGUACCAGAGAAGUGCAGAUAUGAAGUGUUAUCAACCAAAGUCGAGAUCUGUCUUGCCAAAGCAGAGAUCAUCACAUGGGCCUCUCUUGAACACGGCAAAGUGCCAGCGGUUUUGCCAAAGCCAAAUGUCUCAUCAGAGGUUUCAGUGCAACCGGCGUAUCCUUCUUCUAAGAAAGUGAAGGACUGGGACAAGCUUGAAGCCGAAGUGAAGAAACAGGAGAAGGAUGAGAAGCUGGAAGGAGACGCUGCUUUGGACAAGUCCUUACGUGAGAUGUAUUCGAAUGCUGAUGAGGAUAUGAGACGUGCCAUGAGCAAAUCCUUUGUGGAAUCGAAUGGAACGGUGCUGUCGACAAACUGGAAAGAGGUUGGGGCUAAGACAAUCGAGAGCACUCCUCCUGAUGGUAUGGAGCUCAAGAAAUGGGAGAUCUAA